GCAGAUAUGUUUGACGUUAUAUGCGAUAACCUUAUUAAGUACCUACAAUAUAUUUAGGAUUCCUCCCAGGUUUUCGCCCAACGGAAGCGUCGCACGAACGCAAAUUGUAGCCACAGGUAGGUGUAUUCGCAGCACCAGCGCCACUCUUUUGGUAGCGACUGCCUUCCUUGGCCUAGGCGGUCUGCCAUGGCUGCAAGCAAAGCCCUACCAGCGAUUUCCACAAUCGCUGGCGCUGUGCUCCGGACGAAGGAGGGCGCUGAGGUGCUCGCCAACACUCUAUGGCAGUCCCAGCCGCUCGCGGUGCUAAUCUUGCGACGCCCAGGAUGCGUGCUGUGUCGUGACGAGGCGCAGAAGCUGUGGGCGCGCAAGGCCGAGUUUGACCAGCUGGGAGUGGGGCUGGCGUGUGUGGUGCACGAGUGGAUCCCCAGGGAGAUCGAGGCCUUCAGCCCCGCCUUCUGGCCGGGGCCCCUCUACCACGACACCUCCAAGUCCUUCUACGCCGCCCUCAACGGCGGCACGCCCCUCCGAGGCAGCGUGCUGGGGCUGCUGAACCCCUGGGGCAGCGUGUGGCAACGCAUCCGUGCAGCCUCGAAGAACGUCAAGGAGCAUAACGUUAGGGGGGAGGGGCUGAUUAUGGGCGGGGCCAUGAUUAUCCGGCGCAGCGGAGGGGGUGACGGAGGGGAGGGGAGUGUGGCCUGGAUGCAUGUGGAGAGUGAGAUCGGGUUUGUGGCGGAUCCGGAUGCUAUGCUGUGCGCUGCGAGGGAGGUAGCGGAGGCAGGGAAUACGCAGCAAGGGUGAGAAGAAGGGUGAGCGGUUGGGUGGAUCACGUGUGGUGAGUGACGUUACAUGCAUAGGGGUAGGAGAGGUGUGAAAGAGGCAGUAUGACGAGGGUUUGGCGACAUUGGCGUGGCCUCGGGUUGGUUCAGAGAGGAGCGUUUGGCAAGUUCCAAGACUGAUAUGUUGUGAUGUGAAUUGGGUGCCAAACACUUGUGCUGGCGGUUGUGAAGAAGGGCGACGCUACGUACAACCAGAGGCCUAAAGCAGACAUGUAGAAGAAUCUGGG